CUGGCUCCCUCUCUUGCUCUUCGUCUUCGUGCUCCUGACCUCCUCCCCUAUAUAUAAACAGUGACCUCUUGCUCCACUGCAGCAUCUGUUCAGCACCACACCCACCGGUGGUCACUGCUCCAGCUCCUCGCCGUCCAUUGCUGCCGGAGCUGGGCAACAUUGUGGGUCUGCGACGACAAUGAUCAAGCUGAGGUACUCCAAGAAGCUGUUCCGGAGGAGCUCUUCCAAGAGCAGCACGGCCAGCAGCAGCUGCAGCAGCGACGGCGGGGAUGUCGGCGGCGGCGGCCGCGGGGAGAUCGAGUGGGAGGUGAGGCCCGGAGGGAUGCUCGUGCAGAAGAGGGACGGGAGAGGGGACGCAGAGGUGAUCACCGUCAGGGUGGCCACCGGGUUCUCGUGGCACGACGUCUCCAUCGGGGCUACCUGCACUUUUGGGGAGCUGAAGGUGGUGCUGUCCAUGGUGACAGGGCUGGAGCCUCGGGAGCAGAGGCUCCUGUUCAGAGGCAAGGAGAGGGAGGACACCGACCACCUCCACAUGAUCGGAGUGAGGGACAAGGACAAGGUGCUGCUGCUCGAGGACCCUGCCCAAAAGGACAUGAAGCUCCGGGCCGCGCUCGCGGCCCAGGCCGUGCAGAGCCCGUACCGGGCCUUCAUCAAGGUGUAGGCCUCGGCCCGUUGUUUGUUGUGCUGAUCUUGACCACAUCUCUACCAGUUAGGUUCCUAUAUCAAGGCAAACCCAAAUGCCAAGCCUUGUGUUGGCAACUUGAUGUCUUGAUCCCACAUGUUGCGACGUAAUCUACUUCAAAUCCCACUAAUUGCUAAGUUAAAAAACUCCGUGGAGGGCAAAGUGUCCUUUCAUGUAUGACUUACUGCAAUGCUCUUUUUUUUAACAAACGGUCACGAGAAUGUGCCUAUUUCAUUAA